AUGAAAAGCAAUGCCAUGCUUACGAAGAAUGGACUCAAGUGGGAGAAGGUAGAGGGAGAUGAGGUUAGGCCCUUAGGGCACUCCACAAGCAGGAUUGAUGAAUUUCUCCUCUCCUCUUCUGCCUUCACCUCAGGUUUAACUAAUGCGGACACAGUGGUGAAUAUGCGGAAGGUGACUCAUCAGACCAUUAGUGAGGAGCUGUCUAAAACUGUCCUGCUGCCAUGUCUCUUCACCCUUCGCCCUAGUGUUGGUUCACCCCAUGAGCCACCCAGGAUCAAGUGGACCAAGGUUUGGGGCCAGAGAGGCUCUGAUGGUCUGCAGAAGGAACAAUCGGUCCUAGUGGCCAAAGACAAUGUGGUCAAGGUGAAGAAGGCCUUCCAGGGUCGUGUAGCGCUGCCUGGUUACAAUAAGAACCGCUACAACGCCAGUCUUGCUCUCAUUGGACUACGUUCCAGUGACUCUGGUCUUUACCGCUGUGAAGUUGUUGUUGGUAUCAAUGAUGAACAGGACACAGUUCCGCUGGAGGUCACAGGCGUGGUGUUCCACUACCGGGCCCCUCAUGACCGUUACGCUCUGUCUUUUGCUGAUGCCAAGAGGGUUUGCAUUGAAAACUCUGCGGCCAUUGCAACACCGGAUCAGCUGCAUGCCACCUUCGCCGAUGGUUAUGACAACUGUGACGCAGGUUGGCUGUCUGACCAGACUGUACGGUACCCCAUCCAGUCACCUCGGCCUGGUUGCUAUGGCGAUCGUGAGGACUCACCUGGUGUCCGUAACUACGGCAAUAGGUCCCCUGAUGAGCUGUUUGAUGUCUACUGUUUUGCCAAGAAACUUCAAGGUGAAGUGUUCCACUCCACAGUGCCAGAGAAGCUGAGCCUUGCCACUGCCUCCACCCACUGUCAUUCCCUGGGAGCCCAGCUGGCCACCGUCGGACAGCUCUACCUGGCCUGGCAGGCUGGUCUAGACCAGUGUGAUCCCGGCUGGUUGGCAGAUGGCAGCGUCCGCUAUCCCAUCAAUGUCCCGCGGAAGAACUGUGGCGGAGAUGAGCCUGGGGUGCGGACGGUCUACAACAACCCUAACCGCACCGGAUUCCCAGACACCACCGCCCUCUUUGAUGCCUACUGCUACCAAGCCCAUGACCCGGCGGGGAUCCAGGCUGCAGAGGCACACGCUUUCUACCAGACUAACGGAUCAGCAGCUGAGUCCAUGUCUUCAGUCGCUGAAGCCCAAAAUAAUUCUACCUUUACUAAGACUUCAGCCUGGACCAGCCUGGUUGACUUAGACAAAGCAGGAGUCUCUACUCUUGCUGGAGUCAAUCAUUCAUCUGAGAUCUCUGAGGAGCAUGUAGUCAUUGAUUUAAGGCCUGAAGCAGACUGGGAUGAAAGGAAGGAUGAAAUAAGAAGCAACCAAUCCAGCCAGGAUGAGUCUGAAGGCCCAGUGAGCAACAAUACCAUAGCUCUGUCUGACCCUGAAAGACAAGAGAGCCAUGGAGGUUCAGCCCAUGAGGAUGAAGAUGGUAGCUACUUUGAAUCUGACACUCAGACGUCAUUCUCCAUAGUUUCUUCCACCCCCCAGCCUCAGACAAGUAAUAGUGUCCUUACUGAAUUUGUUAACACUCUGAUGAGGCCCUUCAAGUAUUGGACAAGCAGCAAAGAGGUUGAAAACAGGCCCGUACCUGACAAAAAGGCAGGGGAGAACCAGACUCAUGGAGAAGCAUCCAAUAAAAACCUGAGUAUUCCAAAACCCAGUGAAAACAAAGGCAGCAUAGACAAUGCCAUCAUGGAGCACAGAAGUGGCACUUCUUCCCUAAGGGCUCCCAACAGUGGACUGCAAAGUCCGGAGGAGGGUCUGACUGAGCAAGAAAAAGAGCUGAUACCAUUGAUUAAACUAAUGCCAGGGGUCCAAAAUACAAAGCCAAGCGAAACAAGCACUCAUCCUAUGGAGGGAGCCUCCAGCACAACCUCCAUCACAGACAACCCUCAAUCUACCACUGCAAAUGUGUUCCCUGUAUCGGGCCAUCUGGAGAGAUCAGCACAUGGUGAAUAUGUCCACAUUUCCAGUCCUCAGGGUCCUGGAUCAGGCUCUGUCUUUGUUCCUGCCCCCAGCACUCAGUUUCAGUGGGCUAUCAAAUCAAUGCAUGGCCCCAAACUAGGGCCUCCUGGAAGUGUGGCCUAUGUGGCCAAACAUUCAUCUUGGGAGCCAAUGGAAGCAAAAGCAGGGCCCCUUGAAGUGAUGACUCUGCCCACCUCCCUUCGACGAGAUAACCUGGAAAACUUUUCAGGUGAAGGCAAAGACCAGGAUACAGAGGGCACCCAUGCUUCAGCUGAGAGAGGAAGAGCUGAUUCAGGAGAGGAGAAGGAUGUGGAUGGGAGUGGAGAAGGAAGCAACUUUCCUGGAGGUUAUGAAGUGACAGUCAACAAUGUGCCGAUCAGUGAUGACAGUCUUAAUACUGAAUCCUCACCAGUCUCAAGUGAUUUAGUGACUGUAGGUGAGCACACUACUCUGUCCCUGUGGCAGCUAGUUGAGCAACCCACAACCCCACCUCAUGGCUCCUUGGAGCCAGAAGCAACAAAAGAGGCCAGGGGAGAGAUCCUAUACAUCUACCGACCUAUUGACAAUCUCUCUUCAGCCUCUCCACACAAAGGGGAGGGUACUUCAAAUUCAGGUGUUACUGCAGCUUUAAGGAAGCAUAGCAAAGGUGAGAAAAUGAAAAAGCUGAUGACUACCACAAACAAAGCUUUGGUGGAGGUGCUGACGACUUCCGAGGUGACCACAGUAGAUGAGCAUAAGACUGAUCCUGCCACCACAGCAAUUACAAUGGAGAAUAUGUCUAAUAGAUCUUCCACAGAGGAGCCAUCGAUUUCAAUUUCAUGGGUUAAUGAAGAGGAGGAGAAAACUACAAGCGUACCCAAUCUUCAAAGCCACCUCUCAGUGACUCUGGUACCCACCGAAGGAACUCAAACUGGGGCUGUUCAGCUAACCACUAUCUCAUCACACUCCGAGGUUGGUGCCACAGAAAUGGAAUCUAGAUCUGCUGUUUCUGAAUCCUUUGUUGUGGGAAGUCGUUGGACAUCUUUUAAAGGUCCAAAGUCAGAAGAACAAAAAACCUCAGAGACGCCAGAGAACAAAGAGACAAACAACCCAUUUGGCAUUCUCGUACCCAACUGGGCGUUUGGCCUCAUCCCAUCAGUGGAGAAUAACCCAUGCCAGACGAACCCUUGUCUACACGGUGGGAGCUGCCUGCAGGAAGGUGAUGGCUAUAGCUGCUACUGUCCUCCAGGCUUCUCUGGAGAGAGCUGUGAGAUCGACAUUGACGACUGCCAGUCUAAUCCAUGCCAGAAUGGAGGAACCUGCAUCGACGAGAUCAACUCCUUUGUGUGUCUUUGCCUGCCCAGCUAUGGCGGAGCAACUUGUGAAAAAGACACUGAAGGCUGCGAGCACUCCUGGAGGAAGUUUCAUGGUCAUUGCUACAAGUACUUCAGCCACAGGCACACCUGGGAGGACGCUGAAAAGGACUGCAGGGAGCACAGCGGCCACCUAGCCAGCAUCCACACCGCAGCCGAGCAGAGCUUCAUUAGAGGCCUGAGCCAUGACAACACGUGGAUCGGGCUGAACGAUCGCACAGUGGAAGAUGACUUUCAGUGGACAGACAAGAUGGAUCUGCAAUAUGAGAACUGGCGGGAAAACCAGCCAGACAACUUUUUUGCCGGAGGAGAGGACUGCGUGGUAAUGAUUGCUCAUGAGAAUGGCAAGUGGAAUGAUGUGCCCUGCAACUACAAUCUGCCCUACGUCUGCAAGAAGGGAACAGUGCUUUGUGGAGCCCCUCCCACUGUGAAUAACGCCUUCAUGGUUGGGCGAAAGCGUUCACACUACGACAUACACUCUGUCGUGCGUUACCAGUGCGCUGAUGGCUUCUUGCAGCGUCACGUGCCCACUGCAAAGUGUCGCGCCAACGGAAAGUGGGACCGACCUAAAAUCAUCUGCAUAAGAUCCCGGCGAGCCCAUCGUUACCGGCGCCACCACCACAAGGGCAGGAGGGAGCGCAGGAAGCACAAGAGGCAUGGCCACAGAGAGGGAGGCCACCAUGGAGGAGAGAUGGGCCCGGGCCACAACCAUGCCCACUUCUGAACCAAAAAAUAAUAAUAAUGAUAAUAAUAACACCCUUCUUCUUUUUCUCCUCUGCUGCAAACUGCAGUUUGCCUGUCUCCCCCUAACACCAAUCACAUUUACAGCCCAAAAAUUCUCCCCCCAAGCACCCCGUUCCUGCACUAUAUGCCCCGACCCCUUGCUCUCGGAGUCAGUCAACAUCAUAGUGGACUCUGAGGCCUGCCAUGUUUUUUGCCAGGUGCAGCCAAGACGACAACAAAACCACUUGGUUCUCCUCUCACGCUUUUCCUCUGUUUUACUUUUUGGUCCUAACUUUUCUGUCUCUCUUCCUCCUUCUUGCUUGAUCCAGUUAAUCUCCCUUCAAGCUCAUCACGAGCUGACCUGUUUUGAGAAGGAAACAGAAAAGACAACAUUUGAGAUUCACCCCGAACAUUUUUCGGAGAUAAGUGUUUUAGUACGAACUGUAAAUAGGGAUGACAUCUUUGAAAAUGGUGUAUCAAAGUCAGACGAGUCAAUUACAACGUGUUGUUGACUUGAGCCUUUUGUCUAUUGAACACAGUUAUUUUUUACAACUAUUCUGUUUAUUUCUUUACUCUGCUGCUUUUGAUUCGCCCUUUGUAAGACAUUGUACUAGACUCACAGCAAUGCUGAGGUUUUUUUUUUAACAAGUUUAAUUGAUUUUUGAACCAGAGGCAGUUGUAAUUGAAUUAUUUGAUUGUUAGCGUUGUAUCUUCUUGUCAGUGUGAGACAGUUACUUUAGAUGAGACGAUAAACCCCCAGAGGAAAAUGGAAAAUGCAUCCCAUCUCCAUGCAGUUUCAUCACAUCACACAUCAAUCACUCUUCAGAAGUGUUGAACGAUUUUGAGCAGUUCCUGCUGUGUCAGAUAUCCACACCUGUCACUGCCAGGGGUUAAUCUGCAUGUUUGAUGUCAGUUUGUCUCAACUCAGCUCAGCACUCCCACAUUUGUUUUCUGUUUUUUCUAAAUUUGUGUUGCUGUGGGAACAUGUGCUGUGAAAUAUUCAUGGCGAGGCAACAGCGGGAAGUUCUUCCUAUGCAGCUGUUUCUCUUUUAUUUCACAGUUCAGGUGUAUCUUCCAAUUGUGUAAUAUUCAGCAGAACGAUAGCAUUUAAUCUCAAAUGUUUCUAUUUGUCCCCUCAUGAAAUAUUGUUGUUGGUUUUACAAAAUGGAAGUAAGGCAAUGUAGAUAUACCACCACAAAAACAUCCAAAGGUUUGUGGUCGUAUAAAUAGGCUGUGAUUCAUCCAUUAUUUCAGUGGACAUUGGUGACUCUUCACACCAGGUAGCUUUAUAUGCUUUGAUGUACCAUGUAUUUGCACAAACCUUAUGCAAGAUACCUGGUGCAUUCUUACCUUGCAAGGCAGCUGGAUUUUUGCAAUAUUUUUUACAUUGCUAUCACUCAGUUUCCCAGACUUCAUGGAUAAACCAUAAUUACACAUUUUAAAAAGCCACAGUGACACUUACCUUAAGUUCGUUCUUCAAAGAUUAAAAUUGCUCAAUGCCACCUUAAAUUAUUUUAAAGCAAGAAUUGGAUGGAAAAGAUGAGAUGGAGAAAAGCCUGAUAGGACAAAUGUAUUUAAAAGCAAUUACCUGCUGCAAAUUGCAGUCAGUGAUCUCUCAGUUUGAAGAAGCAGCGAGGAACCUGCUGAUCAGCUGGGACUCAAAAAUGAAUCAGUCUAAGCUCAAAAUGCCAAAUAUGAAACUGUUCAGAUUUAUUAAAAGCUUGAAAAAGCGCAAAACACCAUUUUAGAAAUCUUUACAAAAGCAAUGCUAAGCAGUAUGCUAUUCUGCAAAACUGACACCACUUCUGACACUCUGACCAGCAAAUGCUGAGCAACCACUGUACAUGUAAAGAAGCAUGGCACAGCAUUGUGUCUAACAGUAUAAAACCUUACAAGACACCAUUCACCCCAGGCUCUGUUGCAUUUUUUUUACCUUUGAAUUGUAAUAGAUGGUAACUAGCUUUUUAUCUGCAUCCUUGUGAGUCGCUGUUAGCUUAUCUCCCUCGUCUUUACUCCCCAUUCUCCCAAACUGACUGCUGCAGGUAGACACUGACUACUCAUACAUAUUUCUCACAAUCCAAUUUCAGAUUAUAAGAAAAGAGAAAUUGUUAUUUCAGACAGAAAACCAGCUCAAUGAUCAGAAGAAGUAUGUCCAUAUUUAGCAAAUGAACAAGUCACCUAGUAUUUCCUAUUUUUUUUUUUUUUUAAGCCAGCCUCUAGCAGUCAUCAGUGGUAUUAAAUUUUAAGGUACAGCUGCUUUGGAUUCAUGUUUCAAACCCAAGGGCUACAUCCAUCUCUAAGGUACAGAUUGGGCUUUAAGUGGAGUGCUUUAAGCUGAUUCAUAGUGUGGAAAUAGUUCAUUUGGACUGUCAGUACUGGCCGCGACAGGAUGGAGUUUAUAGACGCAUUGCCCACUUAACUUGUCUGUUAUUUUUGUGGUGAAACAGUUUCUUGCUUUGGCAAAGGUGAAGUUAAAACCAUAACACAUUCAUUUAUGGGAAAUUAAUUUAUAUAUAAGUUUUAUUCGUGUUGGUCACUGUAAGCAUCCCCCUUUUACAUGGCAGGUUAUCAUUAAAACCACUAUCUUGACAUAUAUUAGCCAAACUAAAUAUUCUAAAGCAAUGUAUGGACAUUUUUAUGUUGUGAAUGUAACCAGCCUUCUUAAUCUGUUGGCUGUGAAACCAUAAAUCCAUAAACAAAAGCUGUGUGCACAGGGUACAAAGAUGUUUUUAAGGCACAGAGACAUUGAGCUCUUGCUCAUGUCAUUGUGUGUGUGGGCUCUGUAUGUGUGCUUAUGACUGAGGACAUUGAGGGUGGCUGAGCCCCUGCUCAAUUAUGAUAGAAAGGGUCAGCUAUGAUUAAGAUUUGCCAUUUCUGAGAAAGGACAGAAUCUUACAGCUGUUCAUGCUUGAACUCAGCCCUGCUGUGUGUCCUCCUUUAAAGAGGGGAUUGAGGUGGAUAAAACAAGUGCUUUGCUCUCCUUUUCUUCUCCUUCGUGGCCUGGUUAAAUUGCUGUUUUUUAAAGCCAGUCCUUGAGGUUGGAGCUUCUAGGAUUAUAAUCCACUGACGGCAGCACUUCUAUUCUUUAUCUUUCUCCAUCUUGUUACGGCUUUUCCUUCAGCACUUCAACCUUUAGUAGCUUUUAUCCAUCUUUACUUUUUACAUUAGCAAAUGAGUGGAUAACAACAGACCAUUAAUCAUUUUAACCCACUGCUUAUUGGAGAAACAGUCCACCUAUCAUUUUUAACAGAUUCUCACAAAUCUUGUAAAGAAAGCCCUAAAGCGGCAUCAGGUUAGAAGUAGUCAUAUGAGGUGAGAAAGUCAAUUCCAUGCUCAUGAAUUCACUGCCUUCGUUUGCCUCCUCUCACCUUGGCAAUGACAACGAUAGUGAACCUACACCUCUGUAUCAGUUUAAUUAAUCUACUGCAUGCCUAAUUAACAAGUUGCGUUAUCACCACCACCACAGAGCUGUGAUGCCAGGGGAAGGGUAAUGCUGAUGGACAGCCAGUGGAAAGUGCGUGGUGACUGUCCUAGCAGUCAGACUCCUUUUGCUCUGUAGAUGUCAGGCUGACAUAAGCAGCUUUUUUUCUCUGUCAUUCCUGGCAAGUGGAUUGACCACAGAUGGAUAAAUAAAAGGGCAAACAGAAGCCCCUCUUGAUACAGUGUCGAUGCCACAGAUAGGGUAAAUACAGAAACGUGAUGAGGUGAUAAUGAAGGAGUCAUGCUGGAAAACCGAAAUCCUGAGGAGACAGACUUGGAUCAAACUAAAGAUAACAACAAAGAGAGUAAAGAUUUGAAAUGACACUAAUGUAUUGCUCUUUUUUGAAGUGUAAAACAAUUUUCUUUUUUUUAAUUUUUUUUUUUUAAGAAUCCAAAAGUAAAGCAGACAACUGGACUGGACUGGUCUUUCAAUACUUCUCACCAGCAGAGAAAAAAGACUUCUAAUCUUAACAAUGUUAACUUAAAUCAAAUGUCAAAGAUCUUUAUUUUUCCCUCCUGCAAACAUAAAACACUGCUUUUGUCUUUUUGCUUUUAACUCCCCAUCUUAAACUUCACUCUCAAUCCUCUCACUUUCCCUCUCCGGGUACUCUCAGAACCCUGAGGUCAAGCGACCAGACAGCCACAAAGCCUCAAUAUUGCGAUUCUUAAUUGUAGAGAUGAACCAACAGAGGUUUUGGCCAGCUGUGUCUUGGCUCAGCAGCAAACACCUCACCUGAGGGGAGAGCGUUAAACACAGCCAGAGAACUUAUCUCACUUCUUGCAGUGAUCACACAGUUAUUUCUCUUGCUCACAACUCAUGCGUAAGACUUCAGAGUUCACAGGUGAGAUAAGAGCAGGAUCGAAGGGAGUUCAGUCGCAUCUCCUCCAUGUGCUUGCUGUAUUAAUGACUUAAGUAGGACCACUUCAGUCUGCUGUUUAGGCUGUGUUUGUGGUUGGAAGAGUGGAACAAAAAUGGCCAUUCAUAAGCACCUCUACAAUAUUUUCUUCAUGCAACCACCUAAUAUCCGAAUGUUAAGUAGCUUGGCAGUAACCCUUAACUUUAAAUACCUGUCACACUUAAGACAGCUCUGUGCAUACAGGUUAUAAAAGAAAGCCUGACAGGCCUGCCAUGCCUUGUUCAGGUGUCUAAGAUGUGACUGGAACAUCUGUGUUCCUGUUCGAAGGAGUGAUGUAGCCCAUGGGUUCAUUCUGAAUUGAUCAAACAAUGAUACAAUAUCUGCUGAUGACAUUUUGAGUUUGUCUGAUCUAACCUCACCUUGCCCGUAGCGUAGUUUGGUGCUUAUUGUCAGGGAGAACAAACAGCAGUUCAGAGUGGGUACAUUAAUGAGAGUGUUGGUGCUUGUAUGUGGGGCUCGUCUGCAGAGUGGAACAACUACCAGUGACUGUCGACCUGCGGCAUUAAAAGACAGCACUCGUCAGUAAUGACAGCCUGAUAGAAGCGGUAGAAGCUGCUGUCCUUCCCCACUUACAAACAGACAGACUAUUGAUUUCAUCAUUAGGCUGUCUGUCCUGAGCUCUUAUUAAGUAUGUCGAUGGCAUUGACGGUGCAGUCACAUUGAAUGACUGUUGAGCAUUUUCUAAAAGACAGGAAAACAGACUGCUAUAACUCACAGCUUUCCUCUGUGGCCCAUGUAAAUGUGCAUCAUUUGCAGCUCUAACUUCUUUUUAUGCUCUCCAUCUCAUUCCCUUAUCCUUCUGCCAAUUUUUGCAUUACUUCUUCUCAAUUCAAUAUCAAACAUGCAGUCACUCCCCUAGUGGCAUCUGUAUGACUUACAUCUCUUUCUGAUACUAAGUUGAGACAAUUUAUCAUUGUCAGGAAAAUGUCUGCAUUUUGUUGGGAUGGAUGGAUGAAUGGAAACAUGUUCCAGUGGGAAAAUGAGAAAUGGCCGAGACAAACGCAGCACAGGAACCAAUGACAAAUGACUUUUUUCCUCUCUGUUGUUCAUCCUCACACAGGUUUAUCUGUUCCUUUCCUUACAAUCCAUUUAAUCUCUGGGUGUGUUUGUUGCUUAGCCCCUAUGGGCCGUAUUCACACAGCCUUUCUGUACAUCCAAAACCCAACCACCUCUAAUUCCUUUACUUCCAGUUCACAGCACAGACUGCUCUUACACAACUGAAAUAGAAUAAGAAAAUUAAAAAAAGAGGUGCUAUGGUCACCUGCAGCUGAGGUCAUCUGUCGCUGUGUGAAUGUGGUCCACAGGUAUUUAUUCAUAUUUAUUGAUGUAUGUUCUUAUGAAUUCCAGUCCUGUCACUGUAUUAUAUUCUUUACAAGACAAAUAAUCAUUAAAGGAAACCCUUGUUUGGAUCCGUUA